AUGGACGCUUGGGUGCAGUUCUUUUUGCGAGCCGGAAUCCCGGAUGGCGUCGCCAACCGUUACGCAAAAACUUUUCAUUCAAAUAGGUAAAGUAAUAAAAAAAAUAAUUUUUGGAAGAAAAGUUUUUAGAAUAACUCGGGAAAUGUUGCCAGAUUUGGACAAGUCAACAUUGAUUGAUCUGGGCGUUGUCACUGUGGGGGAUCAGGUUGGUUUUGAAGGGAGAUGGUUUUGAAAAAUCUGUUCAGCUCGCGAUUUUGCGACGAAGUAAAGACGUGGGAAGAACUUUGAGCGUCCAGCAAGGCCCGAAGUCCAGAAUCAGUGGACCUGGAGGUUUCGGAAGGAAACAUAAUGAAAAAAGAAUAUUUUUUAGAAGUUAGUUCAACGGCAAGUGAGGCUCGACGAGGACGGCCGCCUCCGGAUAGCCAUGAGAUUUAUCAUAUCAAAAUGCCCGAUGGAAAUACUUUGAGAAGUCAGAAAAUCCUGAAAAAGGCUGAAAUGAUGCGGCGUAAAGGUUUGGCUUCGUUUAUUAGUUUUUCAAGAGGUUUCAAAGUAGAAAAGGAGAUGUGAUGUACAGAUUAUAAGAAAAGGAAUUUUUUCUUGUUUUGUGUUCAAAAAUUUGAUAAACGCCCGUUUUUGAGAUUUUCAUAGAAAUGAUGAGUUUUGAGGGAAAAUAUUUUUGUCAAUUUUUUUCAUAUAACAGUUUUUACAAGUUUGUUGUAAAUGAAUAUGGUCUUCUCAUUCCAAGUUUACAGUUUCUCUAGGUUUUUGAAUAUGUUUCGUUAUUUUUCGCUUUACUAAAGUAGAAAGAUUCCGAUUCCGAAAUUUUUGUAUUUCUUUUUUGAGCUUAAAUAAAUAUAUUCAGUUUCGACAUGGAAGCUAAGGAAAAAAUAAAAAGAUUUCGUUUUUUCAACCUAUUGACUAAUAGGAGAUAACUGUAAUUUUAUAAAAAAUGUGAGAGCGAUUUUCUGAUUGAUAUCAAAAGAAGGUUUUGAAAAAUAAAUAGUCUUCUUUCCAGGAGUAGCGGUCCGGGGAACGACGGGAGUCCGUCGGGCGGGAAGAUCCGUUUCUCCGAUCGAUAAGACCAGUGCUGCUGCGAGGCUUCGUAGAGAUCCAGGUUCACUAUUUUUGAUAUUCAAAGUUUCAAAAAAUAUCUUUUUUUUAAAGAAACGUUUCGAUUAUUCUAAUUUUUUUCGAAAAAAAUCGAGUUUUUUUGGCGGUUUUAGGGGUUAUGGUCUGAAGUGGUGCCUAUGGGGGUCUUUUGCAUUUUUUUGUUUAUUAUGAAAUAAUAAUUUUUAAAGAAUUAUUUAAUAAAACUGGAUUAUUCCCCUUCGAGUUGCCACUUUUAAAAUUUUUGAAGCUUUUGAGCCCUAAGAUUGCCCCCUCUAGGGACCCCUCUGACGUUUCUAUGUAGUAUGAAUGAGCGAAUUGUUUCCAGAAGUGUCCUCGUCCAGCGAUCGUCUGGUCCAAAGACUCGGGGUCCGCGGUCUCCACAGCGACGCUCUGCCGCCGGGAAAAAUCCAUCAAAUUGGUCGCCUCAACAGAGGAAAUCUGAUUAGGUUAUAUUUUGAAGGAAAUUUGAUCACUCAAAAGUUUUGUAGAUAAGAGUUAUAGUUUUGUAACAGCUCCAUUUGGUCAGAAAAUAUUUUCUUUAGCGAUUUUAGCGAUUUCUGUCAUUUUAAAUCAAAAAUUUUGGUCUUACCAGUUAGAAGCUUAGUUAGAAAAAAACAUUCUGUAGAAUUUUAGUAGCUGGAACAGGUCAUCAUGAUUUUUUAACUUGAUUAAAAGACUUUCAGUGUAUUCACUAUAUUUCUGUUUGAAUGUGGGUAUUUUGAAUGAAAGAAAUAAAAAAAAAUUUUUCACCUUUUUUACUGCUGUUUUUAUGCAAUUUAAAGUUUAUUUGAACAAUGGAAUGGCUUACAAUCUGCUUCCCAUGACUUUUCAAAUAUGAGAACCAUCAGAUGGAAAAAAAAAAAUAGAAAAGCGACGUUUAACUACAACAUAUCUGUCUUUAAAGUUCUGGUUUAAACAAAAGUUUGUGUUCAGAAAAGCUGGGGCGAAACCCACGAGUGGCUUGAUUUCUCGAGCUCUUAACGCUACUGCAGAUGAACCUCAAGGUUUUCGGCUCACGAUUGGAUCUGUCAAGGUAUUUUUUGAGUUUUUCUAAAAUUGUUACCUCAAAAAAGCGUUUUUACAUCGUAUCUUUCAGUGUCAAUUUUACUAUUUAUAUUGAAAUACAAACUGGGACAAAAAAAUAAACGCACAGGGUUUUUUUAAAAUUGAUUUUGAGAACCUUUUUUUGGGAUUUUUGGAUCUCAAACUUGAUAGAAUCGAAAAAAAUUCGGGACAAGUUUGCGAGUUCCUUUUUAGUUAAAUUAUUAGAUAGGUUUUUUUAGUUUUUUGUGCUAGAGAAAACAAAUCAGCUUAACCAGAUAUAUCUAGUCCUAAAAUUCCUAAAAGUAGCAUUUUUCAAGUUUUUUUUUUUUGCUUAUAAACUUUGAUAGAACCGAAAAAAUAGGGAAAAGCUCGCAAAUUGAGUUUUGUUUGUCCUAUUUGAUCAGUUUCUUCCUUUUUCUGCUAAUGAAAUUAACGAAAUCUUGAUCAGAUUCCUCUAGUUUUAAUACUUAUUUUUCAGUCUCGAACCACUCUUCCACAAGUUUCGGUGGACCGCAGGACGGGAAAUCGAGUUUUGGUGACAAAUCAACAAACUGUUCGAAGAGUGGCUUCUCUUGCGCCCGGCCGUUCUAACAGGGUUCAUUUUUUAUCUUGAAAAAUAUUCUAGACUUUAUAAUAAUAGUUUAUUCGCUACCAUUUUAAAUAUUAGAAUAUAUAAAACAAGAGAUAAAAAUAAAAAAAAUAAUGUUCAAAAGAAAAAAAUAACACUAAAUAUGGGAGACGAGUUAACAGGUGUUCUUUUAAAAAAAUUUUUAAAAUAAGUGUGAAAAAUUUUUUUGAAACGAUUUAUAACGGGAAAAAGUAUUUUUCGUGUUUCAUAAAAAAAGUAUUCAAGGAGUUUUAAAAAAAUUUUUCCGUGGUGGUCUGGUUGGCCUAAAUGGUAGUUUAUACGAUUUUUAACUGGUUUUUAAAUUUAAUUCUUGCCUCAAUUAUACUUUGGAACCUUAAAUGAAGAUAUAGAAUUUUUUCCUGGCGAAAAGUUGGUUCAUAACGUUUUUUAAUGGUUUCUCCUGCAUAGAAAGGUUUUCUUUUAUCGAAUUUUACAAAUAAAUUUUCUAUUUUAAUUAUUUCAUUGGAAAUUUAAGGUUGUUGAUGAUGAAGAAGAAGAAGAAUACAUGGAGGACGACGAGUACGACGUCCAGGAGCAAUAUGAAGAAGAUUAUGAGGUUUCAGAAUCACGAAUAAAUUUCCUAUAGUUGAAAAUCGAAUAUAUUGUUACUCAGAAUAUUAUUUUAGACAUUAAAAAAAUUUUUUUAUUUUUUUAUAAAGUUUUUCAUAGAAAUUUUUCGGCCUUUUUGGUUUACAUUCUUUUCCAGAAGCAUUUUUCUCGAAUUUGGGAUAUUUACCAUUCUGUUUUGAAGUUGAGGCCCUGCAGAGUGGAAAAACAUUUUUUUAUGAUUUUUUUAAAUUUCGAUUAAAAAAUUUUUUUCAUUUUUUUCGCGUUUAAAAUUAGUUGUCUAUAGCUGAUCCACGGCUAGCUUGAGGCGCUAAGGGGCGUGUCCUGUCUCGCGCGUUUUUCGUGUCAGGACCCUUUUUUUCGAUGGCUCAACCCAUCCGUGAAUCAGCUAGAUUGUUUCAUAAAAUACUGUUUCCGAGAUUUUUUUAAUUAAAAAAACAAUGUGAUCUAAAAAAAUAGCUUUUUUUCAUUAGUUUGAACUAAAUUUAAACUUAUCCAGCGAACUUUUUACCGCCCGAUUGAACUUUUUGCCUAAAAUUUGCUGAAGUGUCAUUUAGGACCCCCUGAUUCCAGAACAGAAAGAAUAUUUCUCGCAAUAGAUCUUGUUUCCGAGUUAUGGAGCUUCAAAGAGUGCAAAAUACGCAAGGGGCUCCUAAAGUACACUUCAGCUGAGUUUCAGCAAAAAUUCAACCGAGGGGUAAAAAACGUACCCUGGUCAGAGUAUUAUUAUAAUGACUUUUAAAAAAUUAAUUUUUUUUUUAUUUUUUCAAAGUUUUUAUAGGAAUUUUCGGCCUUAGGCCUUUUGGUUUAUAAAUUUUCUUUUCCAGAAGCAAUUUUUCCAAAUUUCGGAUAUUUACCAUUCUGUUUUGAAGUUGAAGCCGUGUAGAGUGAAAAAAACAUUUUUUUAGAAAUUUUUUUAAGUUUUUGAUUGAAAAAAAUUUUUUUCAUUUCUUACGCUUAAAAAAAUCUAUUGUGUCUUGAAAUAUUAUUUACAAGAAAUUUCAUUUUAGAGAAAAAAAUAAUGUGAUCUAAAAAAAGUUUUUUUCAUAUGUUUUUAUCUAAAUUUGGACGAGGUAAAAAGUUGAGAUUUUUUUCCCGUAAAUGCGAAAAAAAUUUGAUUUUCAAAAAAAGAGCGAAGGAUAUUUUUUUCAAAUUGAAGACAAAAGAAAAGAAAAAAACUAUCAAAAAAAUUAAAUCAACUUGGAUUUUAUGAAUUUAGUGAAAGCGUAAAGUUGAGAACAAUGAAAAAAAGAAAUCCAUAUUUAUUUUUAGUUGCCUAAUUGCUGUUUCUGGUUAGAAAAAAACUCAGUAAGGAUAAAUUAUAAAAAAACCUAAUUUUUUUCAGUUGGAAAUUUAAGAACUUUUUUUGUAGUUAUACUGUUUCUCAGGCAUUAUUUUUUUGAGCCGCCGAAUUUUUUUCAACUUUUGUCUGUACUCUUUCUCUUGAAUUUGGUAUAAUGAAUAACUUACAAUACUUUCCAGGACCAAAUGGAAGAAGAUGUAGAAGAAGAAGAAGACGAAGAAGUUGAUCACCAACCGGAACGACGCGUUCAGAUCGUUCAGAAGCGACCGCAAAGGACGAUCGAGCAGCGCGUGACGCACGUCUCCGGCGGACGUCUUCAGCAAACGACGUCUUCUGGCCGCGCCGUCGUCAUUUCUGAGGCGGCGCCCCAAGUCAGCGUCUUCAACCGGAUCUCUCGGGUCACUUAUCGAUGA